AUGUAUAUUUUGCAGGAUGUUCAGCUUAUUUACGAACAAAUUCAGCCACGAGCCUUAAAAUUAAUCGCGAUUAUCUCAAAUGCCUUAGUUGUAGCCCCUCCGAACUAUCAGCAAGAGCUUAUUUACAUGGCCAUAUCUGCGCUCAAAGUUUACUGGCAAUAUGCGUCAAAAACUGAGUUUCAUAAUGCCAUUACACUGGUUUUGAAUUCGGCCCUACGAACGCAGUAUUAUUACACAAUAUGCAAGUUUAAUGAAUUACAUCAAGGUGGCAUAUCUAAAAAGAAGAUUGUUAAGCUAAUUUGCGAAAGAGGUUUAAAAUACCCGGUUGACUUCGAUAUUAUCUCAGAAUACUCCAAUAGCUUAGAUUCAGCAACACUUAUUACUGCAGUUACGGCCCUUUACAACCUCGGAACUGAAAACGAAAUCUUUACAAGAAUCUCGAUUUCGCUGAUCUUUAAUAUUGCGCUGAAACUUGGUGACAAAAUCGAUGUCAGAAAUUAUUUCGCAGACGUCAUAAGGAAACUCUUUACUCUAAUUGGCUGUUUAACGCAAAAUAAUCAAAAUGAGAGUUUAGUUCUGAUUCUGUGCGAAACAUUAUCAUCGUUUACGCAAAAUAAUGUUUACUGGCUUCAGCAAUGCCUUAUUUCCUGCUUCUCUUCCUUGAAAGCUUCGAAAAAUUCUCCGGAAUAUUUCGACGCCUUAUUUAAAAUUGACUCAAACUCAUCUUCAAAGCCGAUGAUAUCAAGAAGAACAACAUUGCAGGAGCGAUGUCAGUCAACUCCAAAAAUUCCUCGGUUAAGUCUUUCUGAUAUGAAUAAUUCUAAGACUAAUCAGUCGAGGAGUCGACCGAAUACAUCCAGAGAUAAAAUGAAAUUAAUGACCUCGUCAACAAGAGUCGCAAACGUUUCUCUUACAGAAAGAAGAAAAGAAAUUCCGAAAUCUCCUAAGCUUCCUACGAGAAAAAGUAAGAAUUCAAGCACUUUGUCCAAAACUACUGAAAUUGGCCCUUCAAUUGUUGUUACUUCCGUCAAGAAAUUGUUAUAG